ACUACACUUCAAGAGAAACAUAAUCUUGUUUCUGAGGAGACCGCAAGACCACAAUGUGGCUGCUAUUAACAGCGGCGAGUGUGAUAUCUACACUUGGAACCACACAUGGUUUAUUUGGAAAAUUACAUCCCACAAACCCUGAAGUGACCAUGAAUAUAAGUCAGAUGAUCACCUACUGGGGAUACCCAGCUGAGGAAUAUGAAGUUGUGACCGAAGACGGUUAUAUCCUUGGGAUCGACAGAAUUCCUUAUGGGAGGAAAAAUUCAGAGAAUAUAGGCCGGAGACCUGUUGCAUUUUUGCAACACGGUUUGCUCGCAUCAGCCACAAACUGGAUCUCCAACCUGCCCAACAACAGCCUGGCCUUCAUCCUGGCCGACGCCGGGUACGACGUGUGGCUGGGGAACAGCAGGGGCAACACCUGGGCCAGGAGGAAUCUGUACUACUCGCCCGACUCCGUCGAAUUCUGGGCUUUCAGCUUUGACGAGAUGGCUAAAUAUGACCUUCCCGCCACCAUUGACUUCAUCUUGAAGAAAACGGGACAGGACAAGCUACACUACGUUGGCCAUUCCCAGGGCACCACCAUUGGUUUCAUCGCCUUUUCCACCAAUCCCAAGCUGGCGAAACGGAUCAAAACCUUCUAUGCAUUAGCUCCCGUUGCCACCGUGAAGUACACCGAAACCCUGUUAAACAAACUCAUGCUCGUCCCUUCGUUCCUCUUCAAGCUUAUAUUUGGAAACAAAAUAUUCUACCCACACCACUUCUUUGAUCAAUUUCUCGCCACCGAGGUAUGCUCCCGCGAGACGGUGGAUCUCCUCUGCAGCAACGCCCUGUUUAUCAUUUGUGGAUUUGACACUAUGAACUUGAACAUGAGUCGCUUGGAUGUGUAUCUGUCACAUAAUCCAGCAGGAACAUCGGUUCAGAACGUGCUCCACUGGUCCCAGGCUGUUAAGUCUGGGAAGUUCCAAGCUUUUGACUGGGGAAGCCCAGUUCAGAACAUGAUGCACUAUCAUCAGAGCACGCCUCCCUACUACAACCUGACAGACAUGCAUGUGCCAAUCGCAGUGUGGAACGGUGGCAACGACUUGCUGGCCGACCCUCACGAUGUUGACCUUUUGCUUUCCAAGCUCCCCAAUCUCAUUUACCACAGGAAGAUUCCUCCUUACAAUCACUUGGACUUUAUCUGGGCCAUGGAUGCCCCUCAAGCGGUUUACAAUGAAAUUGUUUCCAUGAUGGGAACAGAUAAUAAGUAGUUCUAGAUUUAAGGAAUUAUUCUUUUAUUGUUCCAAAAUACGUUCUUCUCUCACACGUGGUUUUCUAUCAUGUUUGAGACACGGUGAUUGUUCCCAUAGUUUUGAUUUCAGAAAUGUGUUAGCAUCAACAAUCUUUCCGUUGGUAAUUUUUGAAUUUAAAAUGAUUUUUAAAUUUGGGGCAUCUGGGUGGCUCAGUCGGCUAAGUCGUCUGCCUUCGGCUUAAGUCAUGAUCUCGGGAUCCUAGGAUGGAGCCUUGUGUCUGGGCUCGCUGCCCGGGGCGGGGGUCUGCUUCUCCUCCUGCUGCUCCCCCCUGCUCGUGCGUGCACACGCGCUCUCUCUCUCUCUCUCUCAAAUAAAUAAAUAAAUAAAUAAAUACUUAAUAAAAUAAAA